AUUUUUUCACUCUUUCUUCAUUUCGUUUUCAGUUAUUAAUUGAAUUUGUCUGUAGUAGACCACCCCAUAUGUUAUUGUUAGAAAAAGGAUAGUACAUCCUUCAAUCAAUACUGGUUUAUUUAUUUUAUUAUAUAUAGUAUUUAUUCCUUAUAUGAAUGAAGCUAGAGUUCUUCAUUCAUUGAAUUCAUAAAAUCUUUUUCUCUUUAAUUUCUUUGUGAUUUUCUUAGUUUCCGUAGUAAAUUUGAUUAUCGAGGAGAUAUGGAAACUUCGCAGUCUCUCUCGAUUGAGAGUUUUUCGUAUAGUUGGUUAGUAGAUUUGGGGGAUUCUUUCAGAGCUGCUAUGGAUGAUUCUGGAGAUGAUUAUGAAACUGCUUUUAUUGAGAUGGAUCCUGCACUACCUCCAUCAAAGAGGUUUUUUAAUGUGAAUCCACAGGAUUUGAACUUUGAUUUUCCUACAUCGGAUUCUUCUUCAACUCUUGUUCAUGCUGAUGAACUCAUUUCAAACGGCUUCUUGAUGCCUCUGUUCAUCAAGAAGCCGAUGAAGAUGGAGUUGGAUUACGAUGUAAUUGAAUCCGACUCCAUCGUGAAUUCUCCUGAUGCGCAGCAGGAGGAUGAAUCGCGUUCGUCCUCUUGCAGGAGGGUGAAUCGGUGUGUAUCGUUGAGGAGAUGCCGGAGUUUGUCGAGGAGGAUUUUGUUGAAGUAUUUUGAUUUUCUUAGACCGUUUUGCCAGAAAAUAAGAAGGUGUAGUAGAAUUGGUAGGUGCAGAUCAAGUAGUGGAAAGGAAGUGAUGAAGAAGUGGGACUAUUGUUCAGCAGCAACAUCUCCAAGGACAAGUGUAGCUUAUUCUGUUGAUAAUUGGCGCAGAUCUUGUGAUUCUGAAAGCUCUAUUUAUGAAGCUGUUCUACAUUGCAAAAGAAACCAUUAAUGGUAAAUAGAGAAAAUGAGAAGCAAGUAAUAUGGGAUGAGAGGUCUAAAGAAGUUCACAUGUGACUGAGGGGUCGUUUGGUGUGAGUGAUAGAAAUAAAUAGUGAUGAGAUAAGAAAAUAGUGAUAGGAUAAAGUUUUUGUAUCUUGUUUGGUUGCCAUGUUUGAGAUAAUUUAUCCCACCAUUUAUAUCAUAGUGAUGGAAUAAGUUAUCUCGUAUAUAUGGUAGAAUAAGUUAUCCCAAAAUAGUUAAUCCCAAAAUAACGUAUCCUGAAAUAACUUGUUACCAAUCAAACGACCCUGAAUCCAUUAAUUGUCACUUUGUAUA